AUGCCACCUUACUCCGGAGUACAGAAGCAACUGAUCUCUCAGUUUGUGAACUUCACAGAGGCCAAAGAUGCAGUAGCAGCAAAGUUCCUAAAAGCAUAUAGAUGGAAUGUAGAGGAAGCUAUUGAUGCUUACUUCCAGAGCCCACAAAGCAACGGGGGAAGCACUUCUGCCCUCAACAAGGUUUUCGACUCGUAUCGAGAUGCACCCGAAGAGAACCCUGACGGGAUCGGUAUUGAAGGGGCCAUGAAGUUCCUGGGGGAUAUUCAAGUACAAUUAGACGAGGUGGCAUGCCUGGGAAUCGCAGAGCUUCUCAAGUCGCCGUCCAUGGGUGAGUUCACGAGGGAAGGCUUCAUAAACGGCUGGAGGGGCGUUGGAUGCGAUAAUCUACAAAAGAUGAUUGCUCAUGCGGCGGACAUUCGAGCUCGUAUUCCAGCCGAGCCAGACCUCUUCCGUCGCGUUUAUCGGUACACAUUUCCUCUCUGUCGUAUGCAAGGCCAACGGAAUCUCCAGUUCGAUAUCGCCGCAGAACAGUGGAGAUUGUUCUUUACGCCCGAGCACGGUGGCAUGCAGUGGAACACGCCUACGACUCCCUGGUUGGACUGGUGGAUUGAAUACCUCGAAGAGCGUGGAAAGCGACCUGUGAACAAGGAUCUGUGGGAGCAGGUCGAAGUGUUCCUGCGCAAGACUCUCGAGGAUGAGAAUUUUGGUUGGUGGAGUGCUGACGCCGCUUGGCCGGGGACCCUGGAUGAGUUUGUGGGUUGGGUGCAGGCGAAACGGGGCAAGUCUGCGGAGGAGAUGGAGGUCGAAUAA